GUAUUUGAUUAAAAAUCGUAGAUAAAGCCAAAUGUUCGAUAAAAUCAGCCCUAGAAAAUGUGUUUCCAUGAUUUUUAAAUUUAUUUUUUAACGGGCCCACAAUUCGACACAAUUCCAAUUUUUCUAAAUUUUUUUUAUUUAAACUUUUAGAAUUCUUUGAUUUUUCUUAAAUCUUAUUUUUUUCAAUUUUUUUUUGAAAAUGGCUCAUUCAAAAGAUGUCGAUCCAAAGCAAGAAAUGUCUGAAUUGAUUAGACGACGUUCUGAAGUUUUGCAAAAAUUGUCCAAUUUGGAAAAACAAAUAUACAAUUUUGAGACUACUUAUCUUGAAGAAUCUUCUGAAAAUGGGAAUAUUAUUAAAGGUUUCAACAAAUUAUUGGAAUCUGCAGUUGCUGGAAUAUCUUCAGGCGCAGCAUUAAAUUUAGUUUCUGGGCAUUCUAAGGGCCGACGGCCUCCAAAGAGACAUUUUGAGGAAACUGACAGAUUUUUUUCUUUGUCUUCGGUUACUUCGCCUGUUUCGCUUAGUUUAAAUUUAAAUGCUUCUGCUGAUGGUUUGGUUAAUGAGUCUUCUCAAAAUGGAAUUUUACAAAAGAAUAUUCUUACAAACGGAGAUAAACAAUUUACCAAAAACAAUCCAAAUACUCGAUCACACGAUCAAAAUUGUGACAAUAUUGCAAAAUCUGCAGAUGCCGAACAGCAGAAUGUUGGUGGGGGAGGGGGAGGGUUGGUUUCGACAUCGACACUUAAACGGGCUCGCCGUGUUAAUGAAUGA